GCUGAUUUACAGAAGUAGCUGUGUAUAUCGAAAUAUCGAGUUAGUUCUUGGCAUGAAACCGAUAACUCUAAUGAUCGCAUCAAUCGCGUUGUGAAAUAGAAAUAUAUUUAUUUGGGUUUGUUAACAUGGGCGCAAAUGAAGUAGAGAAGUUGGUGGAUAUCUCGAGCAUGGAUAAUAAUAAACAAAAUAUACCAGAGGCAAUUGAAACUGCAAAGCGGAAGCUUUCCGACGACAAACAAGCAAAUGCGGAUACCAGCGCAAUAAAUAAACGCAAGAAAUCUGAGGAUAAUCAAGACGCAGUAUCUGAGGACAAAGAGACUGUAAAAACGGAAGCUCCAGACGAAAUAGAGUCCGCCAGCAGCAGCAUUAAAGUGACCAUUAAAGAGGAACCAGUUGAUGAACAUGAUGACUCACCUACCGCCGAUGUUAGUGACAAUGCUACAAUUAGCACUAGCUCUAACCACUGCUAUAACGCCGCAACUAUUGCAAUAAAAAAAGAACCAACCCAAGACGAUAUAUCUGCUAACAUGGAUAAAGAUCAUGCUGGUUCACCUGCCGUCGAAGUCAGUGACAUAGCUCCGGCUAGCACUAGUCUUAACUCCUUAACCAUUCCAAUCAAAAAGGAGUCGACUAACGACGAUACAUCUGUUAUGACGGAUGCAGUUAGCAGCUCCGCAGUUAUUGUGAAAACUGAGCCAAAUACUAGCACACAAGCAGUGAUUGCCGAUAGCUCAGUUUCGUCCAGCACGUUAAGGCCAUCCUGUCGUUUUGGCAUAAAGUGUUACAGACGCAAUCCGGCUCAUCGGAGUAGCGAGGCUCAUCCGGGGGAUUCGGAUUACAGACGCCCGAGUUUUCCAAUACCACCAUUGGGCACACCGGCCUGUCCAUUUGGCAAUUCCUGCUAUCGUCGCAAUCCUAUACAUUUCCAACAGCAUUCGCAUCCAUCUGAUUUCAAUUCCGCCCAGAAUAUUCGAAAUCGUUUGAGGCAGCGACGCAACCAGACGCGUAAUUUUAAUGGGCGCACAGAUGAGCCCUCAGAUUUGGAAUCAGACGAGGAGGAUCCAUUUUACGAACAGGGUGAUUCUGAUUUGGAUUAUAAACCUGGCGCAGAAAUCGACGACGACGAGGAUGAUGAUGAUCUCGAAUUCAAUAGCGAGCGCCAGAAUUGUGAUGAAUAUGAUUAGAAUAGUUAAAUAAAAAU